GAUUGACAGUAUUGAAAAUAACGCGAACUCAUUGUUGUCGAUGCCAUACAACUGAAGUUUCUCUUUUUGUUAAUUAUUUAAUUAAUUUGUAAAUAAAAACUGAGAAUACAUUAUGCCUAGUCAAGAAAUUACGACAUCAAAAGUGGUAGUUCAUCCACUAGUUCUAUUAAGUGUAGUGGACCACUUCAAUCGUAUGGGCAAAAUUGGGAAUCAAAAACGUGUUGUUGGAGUUCUUCUUGGUUCAUGGAGAUCAAAAGGUGUGCUGGAUGUCUCAAAUAGUUUUGCUGUACCGUUUGAUGAAGAUGACAAAGACAAGUCAGUUUGGUUCUUGGAUCACGAUUAUCUGGAAAAUAUGUAUGGAAUGUUUAAAAAAGUAAAUGCACGAGAAAAAGUCGUUGGCUGGUAUCAUACUGGCCCAAAACUGCAUCAAAAUGACAUAGCCAUUAAUGAACUAAUCAGAAGAUACUGUCCUAAUUCUGUGUUGGUUAUUAUUGAUGCCAAACCUAAGGACUUAGGUUUGCCAACAGAAGCAUAUCAGGCAGUUGAAGAAGUCCAUGAUGAUGGAUCACCAACCUCAAAGACUUUUGAACAUGUUCCUAGUGAGAUUGGUGCAGAAGAAGCAGAAGAGGUAGGCGUUGAACAUCUUUUACGUGACAUUAAAGAUACAACUGUAGGCACAUUGUCUCAAAGAAUCACCAACCAAUUGCUAGGUUUGAAAGGCCUCCAUUCACAAUUAAAAGAAAUCAGAGAUUACUUAAUUCAAGUAAGUGAAUCAAAAUUGCCAAUUAACCAUCAGAUUAUUUAUCAGUUACAAGAUAUUUUUAAUUUACUGCCUGACAUUAAUCAGGAAACAUUUACCAAAUCGUUUUAUGUUAAAAAUAAUGAUCAAAUGCUGGUAGUUUACUUAGCAGCCAUGGUUAGAUCAAUCGUUGCCUUGCACAAUUUAAUAAAUAAUAAAUUGACUAACAGAGAUGCUGAGGAAGGUAAAAAAGAGGAGAACAAAAAAGACAAAGAUAAGGAUAAAGAAAAAGAAUCAAAGAAAGUAGAUGAUAAGAAAAAGUAGACUUUGCUUUUGUGCCCUCCUUAUUAAUACUUUUUGUUAAUUUCUAAGUUGUACUAAGUAAAUCAAUUUAUAUUUAAUUUAAUUUUGUAAUUGUAGUUUAACACAAUUUACAAAUAAAGUCCCUAAGAAUCGUA